CUAGAGACAACAUGCCAGACCACGCCGAUUCUCAUUCCGAAUUCGCUCAAUCUGACCAGAAAAAUGCGCAAUUCACCACGGCAAUAGUCUGCAAAAACUGCAAUAUCACAUACAAAAGACGAUCUGAUUACAUUCGCCAUUUGAUACCCAAAAUCAAAUGUCCUGCCGAGAGCUGUUCGCAAGCCUACCGUAAUGACAAGCUCAAAGACUUUCUUAGUCACAUGAUGAAAUCGUACCCGCAUCUUGAUAUCCAGAGCAGCACCGAUUACUUUAAAGCAAUGCAAGAAGUCAACAUCGCUCCAAUUGGAGGACUGUGUACGAAGGUUCCCCGCGUUGCACCUGCCGCUCGGAGGGUAGACUAUGGACUAGAGAGAAGUAACAACUCUUGUUUUACCAAUGAGCAGCCAAAUACCAUACCAAAAAAUCCAACAACAAUCAGUUCUCAAUUCUCACAUGCACUUUUUCCGGCCGAAAUCGGUUUCAACAGCGCUCUCCAGAGUGGGUACAUCGAAUUUGAAAAAUUCGAAUAUCCUUCUUCACCUUUGUUUUCUAUUUCGCCUGGUUCCCAUGAUGGGAUAUGUGGUCCACCAACUCUGACAGCCUCUACGUUAAUCCGCGAGAUAUCUACUACCGCUGAGGAAUGGGCUGCAAUCCCUUCCAUAUUGGAGAGCCAUUCUACCUUUACCCAGAGUCUAUCCAUUCUAGUCGCCUGCCUCUGCGCUCUCUAUCUUGAGAAUGGCCAGGUCAAAGUUAUCGACAACACCGGUGAGAAUGUCAUACCGUUCCCAGCUAUUAUACCACCUAGUUCUGAGUAG